ACGGCUUGCGGUAAUUUAGUAGCACGCAGCGCACCGCGAUGAUGUACUCUGCUGUUGGAAACUUCAUGAAUUUCUUACCUUUUAAGUUUUGCGUUAAUAUCUUUGGAACCGCUUGUAGACCGCAGUGUCAGCAGUUUUUGAAAAGAUGAUUUCUUUAGUACUUUUUCAACGAUAUCUGUGAUGAUAUCUGAGUGCUUUCAGUUUGUUUCAAGAUGGUGUUUGUAAUUAUAUUUGUACUAUUCAUAGCAUCGUUAGGAAGGUCUCUGGGUUUGCACGAUAAUUAUGCCAGAUUUCUACUUAAAUUAUUCGAGUUUUGUCAGAAAAAAAUUGAAAAGGCUGAGAGACGUGAUGCAGCAGAAGGUGAUGUUGAAGAGGAAUCUGAAAUCUAUAGCAAUGGAUCACAUUCAGUUAUUUCUCGUGAAGCAAGGUUAGUGCCAGAGCCUCAUCCCGAAGGAAGUUGUCUCACAAAUUCUUCUGAUCUUCCUCUUGAUCAAAAAGAGUUUCAGCUUGGGGAUAUAUGUGAUUUUAUAAAAGCUGGUGUGGAAGCUGUUAUUGAAGACGAAGUCACAAUGCGUUUUGCAGCUGAAGAACUUCCUGCUUGGAAUCUCCUUACAAGAACUAAUAAAAAUUAUCAAUAUAUUAGUUUUCGAUUAACCUGCAUUUGGGGAUUAGGAUUCUUUUUACGUUAUUGUAUCUUGUUCCCUCUUCGGUGUUUUAUAACAUUUUUUGGUGUUUGCUGGUUACUGUUUUGCACAGCUAUUAUUGGUUGUUUGCCAGAAGGAAGGUUUAAGAGGUGGAUAUAUUGGCAUGCAAGUAUUCUCUGUUUUCGGAUUUUUGGUUGUGCUUGCUCUGCUAUUGUUACAUACCACAACAGAGAGAAUAGAGCUGUAAAUGGUGGCAUCUGUGUUGCUAAUCAUACAUCUCCAAUAGAUGUGGUGAUAUUAGCAAGUGAUAAUAGCUAUGCCUUAGUUGGGCAGAGUCACGGUGGAUUUCUUGGUGUUCUACAGGCUGGCCUUUCAAGAGCUACAUCCCACAUUUGGUUUGAACGCAGUGAAGUGAAAGACAGAGAACUGGUAGCUAAAAGGCUAAGGGAACAUGUGGAAGAUGAAACAAAAUUACCUAUUUUAGUAUUUCCUGAAGGCACUUGCAUCAAUAAUACAUCUGUAAUGAUGUUCAAGAAAGGAAGUUUUGAAGUUGGUGGCACAAUUUACCCAGUUGCUAUAAAGUAUGAUCCACGAUUUGGUGAUCCAUUUUGGAAUAGUAGCAAGCAGAGUUAUAUGCAAUAUUUAUUGAUGAUGCUUACUAGCUGGGCUAUUGUAUGUGAUGUGUGGUAUUUGCCACCCAUGUCUCGCAAGGACAAUGAAAGUGCUGUUGAAUUUGCUAAUAGAGUGAAAGCUGAAAUAGCUCGUAAAGGAGGCCUUGUAGAUCUCAUGUGGGAUGGUCAACUCAAAAGAAUGAAAGUCAAGCAAGAAUGGAUUGAAAUGCAGCAGAAAGAAUAUUGCAAGCGACUAAAACUUGAAUAAAAAUUAUCCAUGUGUUCAAAAUUUAUUAACUAGUCUUCGUGAACCACCUGCAUUUAUGUUUGUAAAUGCCAUCCACUCCAUUUUCUGUAAAAGCUGUUUGUAUACUGUCUUUUAAAAUUUGUAUGUGUUUUUGUGUUUACUGUCAUAUGUGUGUUUGUUAUAGAUUCAAUUUUUAUAUCAGUUACAUGGAAACUAAAUAAAAUCUUCCAUACCAAUUGUGCAGUUUAAAUACUGUUUCCCCCCCAUGUAACAAAACCUCAGCAUGGAAUAAGCAAUUUAUAUUAAAUUAUUAUAGUAUACUCUUGCUCCAAACAGGGAAAGCAGGUCUCAGAUAAUUGAAAAACAUGGAUAAUCCUAACUAUAAAUUUCAAAUGUUUUUGAGAGCAUUUAAAUAUUUAUUGAAUUUCAUCGAGUAUUUUUCAAAGUGUUGUUUUAUCAUUUUAUUUGAAUCCUCUUUAGUUGAUAAAGCUUCAGUAGAAUCAAAAGAUAGUAUAUCUUCUUCAUUUGUUUAUUUUCAAUAUCAUUUUCUUUCUCUUUUGUUCUCAUGACAUUUAAAACACUAUCUCACAUCACAUGGAAAUUGCAUUUCAACAUUGAAAGCCUAGCUCGGUCGAAAUCACUAUCUAACCAUUCCUCGACAUUUUCAAUUUUCUGGCAAGCAGUUUCAGUUAUUGCCUUGAAUUCUUCACAACUUAAUAAUUUCUGAUUUCUAUAUUAGGAAAAAUCUUCAGGAUUGAACCAGUUUUAUUGGUUUUCCUACUCUAUAUAUGGCUUCCAGUAUAAUCUUUUUCCUGAAUUUCAUUAAAUGAUUACCUUUCUCAGAAAGAAUUAUGUCUGAAUUAAACUGGUAACAGUAAAAAUUUAGCUAUCAUUAAACUGUCCCUUUUUUUUUAAUGAUCUCAUUUAGACAAAAAGGUAAUAACAAGGGUGCUAUUUAUAAUAUAAUAAUAAAUAACAGUACCACUUUUUAAAAAAAGUCUUCAGAAGCCAAUUUAGUCCUGAACUAAUCUUUGAAUAUCUCUGUUCAUCCAUGCUCCUUUUUGAUCAUAAAAGGGUUACCACUCAAACAGGAGAAUGAAAUUCCCAGGUGUUGAGAAAAUUCCAGUAUGUGCGCAUUGGCUGUGCUGAGAGGUAAAUUAAUUAUGGUACCAUUUGAAAACACAAAAAUUUGCCAAAUGCAUAUCAUUAUAUAUAAUAUAUAAUCCCCAAAGCAUUACUAUUAUAACUAUAAUAGGAACUUUUUCCACUGAAGAUUGAGAUUCGAAUCUGCCCAAUCGGGAUUAAAAAAUGUACUUUGCAGCUAAACGAAAGAAAGAAAUUAAUAUUUUUAAAUAAAUUCAGGUGUUUUAUAUUUAUUUAGCAGCAUACAUAAGCAAAAAAUAUGUGCAUUAAAUUUUGUGAUAAUAUAUCAUCACACUGCUAGAAUUAAUUUCAGGAUUAUGCCAGAGAAGAUUGCCUGAAAUUUAAAUGUGUUAUAACUAAUAAUAAAUUACUUUAGGGGGAAGAAACAACAUUAAAAUGAAUUACUUAAAAAUUGAAUUACAGUAAUCAACGAAUUUUUUUUUUUUGCGAUUAUUAUAGUUAUUAUUAAAUGGCUAGCCUAGAUCAGUGGUUCCCAAAGUGGUCCGUGAAAAAUUAAAAUUGAUUUAACCCCUGAAUAAUGUCAGCGGGUCCACACAAGGUUUAAUAUAAAAUAAAAUUGCGAUCGAUUUUUAUUAUGGAAGUUUAAAGUAGUAGCAGUUUUUACGUCCUGAGUAAAUUAUAAAUAUAGGUAGGUGCCUAAAAUACAGUAUGUUACUUAAGUACUGAGCGUUAUGUAAUACCUUUUGUGAGCGAACAUUAAAAUUUAUUUUCACUUGUAGUAACAGAGGUGUGUAUAACUUAACUUUAACUAACGUUAAGGGAUUAGUUAUAGUACUAACAAUAUAGUAAUCCCUCAACAUUAGUUUUGGUAUAAUUGUAUUUUUUGUAUUGUUACACAGAUAGUAUAUUUGAAUAAAACUGAUCUCUUUUGAAAAAA